AUGAUUUCCACAACCUCCAAAACCGGCUCACCAACGACAACUACACGAUCACUAGGAAGAAUAACUCGAGCUGGGGAUACCAUUGUAGGUUUAUAUAACACCACAGCAGGCGGUUCAACAGGAGCCAAGAACGGAAGGUAUUCAGGCAGUAGCAAAACUCCUAUUUAUGCUGUCGUUGAUGUGCCCGGAGUAGACACUGGCUUCUAUGUCACGUCUUCGAUUAGCAACGCAUCGAUUGCUGUUGGCUUAUUCUUUGCUACAGCAAAUGACGGCCCAAAUCAUGAUCCUCUUUCUGCCAGCUUCGAAGGAACUAAUUCAGAUGCAUGCAACUCAGGAUCAAGUCGAACGCUUUUUUACAACGGUUCAACAGGUAUCAAUGCAAUCUUUGCACCUGAUCGAAUGACUUAUUGUAUUCAAAAAAAUUUUGCAAAUAUUACUCCAUCCAAAAGCUAUCGGCUUCUAGUCACUUCACAACGCGACCCCGAAUGGGCUUUUCAAUAUUCAGGAGCUCAUGUCAUUGGCUAUACGUAG